AUGGCAAAUAGGACGCAAGAUGAUGAUAUUGCGGCGGUUUUACUUGAAGAAAAUGUGUCAGAAGACGAUGAAAACUAUCUCUCCGACAGUGAUCAUAAUUCCGAUCACAUCAGCGAGGCGUCUAAAUCUGAUAGUGAUACGGACAUGGAAGACCCUGAACCUGUAGAAGAAACGCCUCUAACGCUACCAUUUUAUACAGGCAAAGAUGCCAAAACCAAGUGGCACAAAACGCCACCACGGACCAAUGUUCGAACAAAGUCUGAGAACAUAAUUACGCAUUUGCCUGGGUGUAAACCUACUGUUCGUGACAAAAAAAACACACUUUUUUAA